AUGGAGCGCGAUAGCCCGCUCACCAUCUCUGACCUGCCCCCCGAGAUCCUGCGCGAGAUUAUCGCCCUCAUCUGGCUCGAUGCCAUCCCAAAGUCGGCCUACCGCAACAUCGACCCGCACGGCCUCCCCUCGGCACACCACGAUGGCCGCCGCGUCUCCUCCACCCAGUCCGACGUGAGGAGGACCCUCUACUCGCUAUGCCUCGUCAACCGCGCAUUCUACUACGAGGCCCGGGUCCUCCUCUUUAGGCGCGUCCAGAUCACCCUCCCCUACAGCUUCAGCCUGCUCCUCCGCACCCUCGGCGCGGCCCACCUCGCCAGCGCCUACGAGACCUAUGCCCAGACCGGCACCGUCAACCUCGAUCCCACCGACCCGGCAUCCUUUGUCAACAUGGUCGCCGCCGCCGGCUUCGCCCACGCCUCCGGACACCGCCUCGUCGUCUCAGCCUCGGGCACCAGCCGCCUCUCGCUCAUGAGCCCGCCCUCGAGCCGCAACCAGAGCCCAGCGCCCGGGUACAGGCAGACUCAGGCGGCCGAUUCGCCUGCGCCUCGCCGCCAGCGCGACAUGGUCCGCAUCAACGCCGACGACGACGGCGAGGUGGAGCUGAUCUGGACAGAGGACGUGACGUCGUCGGCCGAGCAGCCCAGGUACCACGUCACGCUGCGCCAGUACGACGACGAGGCCAGCACGGUCCACCAGUGGGUGCGGCUGCUCGACUUUUCCAACUUCCGCACCCAGGGCAUGCGGAGGACCAUUGGCGAAGGCAUGGAGCGCCGCUUCGUCACCCCCGCCCGCCUCUUGGCGCUCGUCACGGCCGCAGAGGGGCUCGUGGCGUUUGGCGCCAGCGAGACCAUGGACAGCGCGCUGAGCAACGACGUCCUCGAGGCCCUCCUCUUCCGCGAUGGCGAGGACAGCAAGCCCACCCGGCUGCGCGGCGUCUCGGUCGAACGGCACGCCGCCCGCUCACACAAGAUGCUCCAGAGCCUCGACCUGUGCGAGUGCAUAUCCAAAAAGUUUGAGCAGGCCAUGGAGCAGUUUGUCAACGAGCAUCUGCGCAAGUUCAGCGGCCGACUCACCGACACCGUCCUGGAGGAGUCGGACAUGGACGACGACGACGAUGACGGCGGUGACGACGAGGAGGAGCGGAGGGGAAGAGGCCGGACCGCCGAACCGCGGACCGCGGGCGCAGGCGCCGUCGAUGCAGCGCGUUCCGUCUCGACACGCAGGAGGGGCGACGGCCCCACGAGGCAUCCUGCGAGGGCGACCACUUUCCCCUCCUUGCAGCGUCUAGGCCUGUCUGGCGUCACGCUGCCCAACGAGCUGCUCAACCCCUUCGUCAUGGCCUUCCCGAGGUUGACCCACCUGGAUCUCUCGCGCACCAAGGCCGAUCCGGCGCUCCUUCGAGCGCUCGGCGCCGCGAGCGACCUUCGCCUCGAGAGCCUCUCGCUCGCCUUUUGCCGGCGGCUCACUUCGGAGUCAAUCACCGAGCUUCUCGUCGACUCGCCGGCGACGGACGAGCUCAUCGAGCUCUCCCUUGCCGGCACGAUCUCGUUCCCGACUUGCUUGGACCCUCACGACCUCCGCUGCAUUGUCACCACGGCGCCAUGCUUCCGCUCGGGUCGGAUGCGCUACCUCGACAUGGGAGGAUGCGUGCUCACCGACGACAUCCUCGCCGCCGUCACGCCGCAGCCGGCCCUGCUCGACCUCGGUCUCGCCCACUGUCCGACGAUAUCGCUGGCGGCGGUCAGCAGGCUGCUGCGGGACAAGGCGCCCAACGUCCAGGUGCUCGAGCUUGCCGAAUCGUGCACGGCCACGCUGCCGCUCGCCAACGCGCCGGGCGUUCUGGGUUCGCACAGCGGCAUCGGCAUCAACGCGGUUCAGCUGCAGACGAUCCUGCUAGGGCCCUGCACCAGCGUCCCGCCGAUCCCCAUCUCGCAGCAGCUCGCCAUGAUGGGGUUCAAGUCGGGCACCGCCGUCGACCCAAACACGCCGCGGCCGCGCCCCGCCACCAACCUGCGCGUGGUCGGCCUCUCGGAGUCUUCGCUGCGGACCGUGCGGGGCGGCUUCGGAGCCUGGCGUGUCAUCUGGGGCGCCGGUCGGAGAGGCUGGGUGGUCGACACGGCGGCUGGACCCGAUCCCGAUGCGCUCGACGACCCGCAUGGCACGUACGGCGCGCUGGCCUCGUCUCGUGGGGCGGAUCGAGGUGGCCUGCGCGGUGGCGGCGGCGGCGGCGGCGGCGGCGACGACGACAUGAUGUCGCGAUCGCGCUCGCUGCUGGGCAAGAGGCCGGUGCUGCCCUCGCUACGCCGAGCGCACUCGACGUCCGGGGCAUCGCACUCGCGCUCGCGCUCGCGGCACCCCGUCUCGACGUUCCCGGCCGACGCCAAGCUCGAGCCGAGGGAAGAGGUGAUACGCGACCUGCCGCCAGACCAUCCGCGUCGCAGGGCGCUGCAGGCCCUCUCGGACGCCAACGGCCACGUAUCGGGAGACACGGGCUGGCACAGCAGGAAGAUGGAGGUGCUGCUCGGCUACGGUCUGCUGGGCAGAGAGAGCGGCCUCUACGCGCUGGCGGCAUACCAGACGUGA